AUGGAUCAUCUGCAGAAGUUAAGGAGAAUUUUCCUCACUCCAACAUCUUCUGCUGAUGAAGGUAACAGGACAACAUCAGGUCAUUCAGCAGAGCACAUUGGUGAUCUCACAACCACAGACUCUAAUGCAGCUGAUGUCGGUGAACUGAACAAUUCUGCAGUCAGUGGGUUGCAUGAAACACUUGGUGAGACUCCAGCUAUAGAUGCCAAUGUAUUAGCUGACUGUUGUGAACCAGGUAAUGAUGUGAGUGUACCAGUGGAAGAUGAACCUAUUGUUGAAACCACAGGACCCAUUGAUCCUUGCAAUGAUUUUGAAAAGAUUGGCAGAGAAAUCGUAUCAGAAGAUUCCUGUCAUAAGCUGUCAUCUGAACAUGUUAGUGAGACCUCGGCUAAAGACACUAAUGUGUUUAAUGAUGUUAGCGAGCUGGAUAGUGCUGCAUGUAAUAGAAAUCAUGAAGCUGUUGGUGAGUUCAAGGCUACAGACACUAAUAUGUUAAACGUUUUGGGUGAGCUGGAUAAUUCUACAGAUGGCAGACAAUUAAGUGAGUCUGUUGCUGAGAUAAGAGCUACAGACACUGUAACUAAUUCUGGCGAGAAGGAUAAUUCAGUGAAAGACAGAAAGUUAAGUGAACCUGUUUGUGAGAUCCCAGCUACAGACACUAAUAUGUUAACUGAAAUUGGUGAGCAGGAUAAUUCUGUGAAAGACGGAAAGUUAAGUGAACCUGUCGGUGAGAUCCCAGCUACAGGCACUAAUAUGUUAACUGAAAUUGGUGAGCAGGAUAAUUCUGAGAAAGACGGAAAGUUGAAUGAAACUGUUAGUGAGAUUACAGCUACUGACUCUGAUAUAACGGAUUUUGGUGAGCUGGAUAAUUCUGUGAAUACACUAACUCAAGACGAUCCCGUUUCUGAUACGACACUAGUCGCUGAUCCAUGCAGAGAUGGAGAAAAUGCUGAGUGUGGUGAAAAUAUAGCUGUGCAAGAUGAUCCUAAAGAUCCGUCAGACCAUUAUGGUCUACUUCAGGACAUGGAAUUAACACUUGCAGGAUCUUCAUUGAAUUCAAGUGACCAUGAGGAACAGCAAGGCAGUGAGAAAACACAACAGCAUUCCUGCCAUGAAAAGUCUGAUCGUGUUGGACAGCUUCACAAUGUAGAUGCAAGAGAAGUCUUGGAACAUUCUGUGCAGAUCUCAGCAUCAGCAGGAGCUUCAUGGUGCACAGGUAUGGAAGAUCCGAUACCAAUGACUAUGGGUGAAAGAACAUUACCAACAGAUCCAGGUUCACCAAGUUCAGCAGAUACAGAUGACCUAACCUGUAUGCCUGUUCAGAUUUCAAUAUCAGAGUGUGAGUUUGGAGAGGAACAGACAAGAAGUGAUGUAGAUCUUAUGUGCAACGAGCAGGAUCAGACUGGAAGUGAAGAUGAAAUGUUGGAAAUGCGUGUAGACUGCCCCAUUGAUGAGCAGUCCAGUGGUGUUGAAAGUGCAGAUGAGAUGAACAAUGACAAUGCAUCGCAGGGAAAAGAAUUUGAAAACAAGUACCAUAAAAUAUCUCUUGAUACCUUCCUGAGAAAACCUGUUCACUCUGAAAAAGAUUCGUCUUCAGCUGAGGGAACAAGCAGAAAUUCUGUUGACAUGAAAAUGUUUAAUCCAGACGCCUUAGUAGUGACCAGUACUCCGACAAAAAAGAGUUGCUUGACAGAUUUCAUUGCUUCUCCAUCUUUGAAAGCUGUUACAAAUCAGGACUUGGUUUGUUUCAUUCAAACAUCAUGCCAUAGUAACAGUAAUGAAGAAUCGUUGGAUGUAUUGCAGACUGUAGUUGGAACAGUGGGUAGUGGCUCACCUGACUUAUUAAUGAAUCAAGGCAUUUCUGAAAAAGGUUCUGAUAGUUUAAAUAUCAAUGCUAAUGAAGAGGCUGAAAUGUCGAAACAUAUUUCAAAGGAAAGUGUGUCUCUGAAUAAUGAAGAUCAUUCUUUUGGAAAGUCAGAUGGAGAUGUUUCAUCAUCUGUGGAAGAGUCAUUUCAAGAUAGAGAUUUCCACCUUGUAUUAUCGCAAUCUGCAGACAGUGUAUUCUUCCGUUCACCACUUGGACACUCUGAAAACAAUAAUAAUUAUGGAGAUAUUAUUUGCCAGCACAAUGCUCCGUGUGAAACAGUUGAAAGAAAUGCUGAAAGUAAUGUUGAAAUCAGUCAUAGUAUUCCAUCUGCUGAAAUUGCCGAUAAAAAUACUAAAAGUUCUGAAACUGAUGUUAUUAAAAGAGAUGCAGGUAUUUGUUGUGAAGUUGCAUCCACUGAAGUGGCUGAUACAAAUAUUGAACAUUCUGAAACUGGUGUUAUUCAAAGUAAUUCAGACAUCAGUCAUAACCUUUCAUCUGCUGUAGUGGUUGAUCCGAUUUCUAAAAUUGCUGCUACUCAGAAAGAUAUAAACGUUUGCUCUGAUGUUGAUCCUGCUGAAAUUGCUGAUCAAGCUAUUAUAAAUUCUGAUGCUGGUGUAGCUGAAAACAUUGACACUGCUGGUGAAAAGCAGAAAGUGACCACAUUGGCAGAUGACGAAGAAGCAACUGAUUGCAGUCUCAUCAUCCAUGCCAAGGAGAAAGGUGAAUCUCCCAUCCAUGCAGGUGAAGCAGAUGAAGGGAUACAGAGUAUAAAAAGCCUUGAAGAUGAGGAAGCAGCUGCUGGUGACAGCUUCGUGGAAACUAGUGACAAAAACUAUGAUCUUGAUAAUGACAGUACCCCAGAAAUAAGUUUAGUGUUAUCAGAUGAUGAUGAGGAAGAUGAAGAAUCUGUUACUAUGAGUGGAGUUGAGAGACUUCCUGACAGCCAAAAAGAUGGUGAAGAUUCUGUUAUUAUGAGUGGAGUGGAGUGUCUUCCUGACAGCCAAAAGGAUGGUGAAGAUUAUGUAGUUAUAAAUGGAGUGGAGAGACUUCCUGACAGCCAACAAGAUGGUGAAGAUUCUAUAGUUAUGAGUGGAGUGGAGAGACUUCCUGACAGCCAACAAGAUGGUGAAGAUUCUGUUGUUAUGAGUGGAGUGGAGAGACUUCCUGACAGCCAACAAGAUGGUGAAGAUUCUGUUGUUAUGAGUGGAGUGGAGAGACUUUCUGACAGUAAUAACUGUGGUCAAGAUUUAGUUAGGGGAGAUGGACUUCCUGACAUUGACAAUUGUGGUGAAGAUUCUGUUACAGGAGAAGGACUCCCUACUGCUGAAAAUUGCAGUGAAGUUUCUGUUACUAUGAGCAUAGUGGAGCAAAGGUCCAGUAUUGAACAGGAGGCACCUUUUGUUACAAGUAGAGAGGAGCAGCCUCCUAACAGUGAGAAUGCUGGUGAAGAUUUUGUAACUGGGAAUGAAGAUCAACCACUUCUUGAUCGGCAGAUUCAUGACCGAUCAAAUGAAAUCUUGGUUCAGGUAGAUGGAGAGAUACGAGGUGUGGAAUACACCUUCCAAGGAGAAGAGAACGUAACUGCUUGUGAGAGAGGAAAGCAAAUUCCUGAGGACAAGCAUUGUCAGUACAUCAGUGAUAGUCCAUUAGAAGUCUGCUUGUCUUCUGAUGAUGAUGGUAACAUCAAUUCUUGUUCUGCCAUGGCAAUUGAAGAUAAAAAGGGGAGCAGUGAUUGUCAUUACAGUUAUUCACAUAUAACCACAUCUGCUAUAGAAUGUUCCAGCAGGCAUUCACCGAACUCGUCCAGUAAUGAUCCAAAAAUGGACAGAGUUGAACAAAGUCACCCAUACUCACCAUACAAAUCUGUAUGUGAGAUUUGUACAUCUUCAUAUGAGUGUGGUUCUAAACAUGAAGCAGAUAGGGGAAAAUCUUUAAACAGAGAAUUGGAUAAAUUGAAGCCACCGGAAACUAAAAUAGACAUUGGAAAUGAGGACAUAAAACAUUCAGAGGGUAAACUGUGUGUUUCUUCACUUGGUGAAGUUUCUAAGAGUGUCACUGAUGAAGCUGGCAAUGAUAAUUCACUCAGAGAUUGUGACCAACAAAUAAAUUUGAGUGUUCUACAAAAGGUACAGCACAUUGCAGCACAGAGUGUAGACUCUGAAAAUCUGCACAGGGUGCAUGUGAAACAUUCAAAGAAGAAAUACAAAAUGAAGAAAGUUCUUUCAAAUUUCUUUAAGUUGAGAAAGAAAUACUAUGACACUUUGUCUACAGUAGAUCUAUCUGCUGUCAAGAAACAAAACACCAAGCUCUAUCUCGAAAGAUUUUUUCAAGAUAAUCCUUUGAAGGAAGAUAAAUCCAAACCCACAUCUAAAAUAUUGGAUCAGACUAAGUCAACACCUGCAAAGGUAGCUGUUUCAGAUCCUCAAGCAAACACUGUUGUCACCAAAUUAAAGGGAACUUUGAAUAGUCUUUCAGAGACUAAUGCAGUUGAAGUGCAAUCAACAUCAGGACUCUCUAGUACUGUUUUCCCAUCUGAUUCUGUGGCUGGUCUCAAAGGUAAAUUGUCCAAAGGAAACACCAAUGUCAAGAAUUCUGCAGAAUUAAGACAUGAUGAGCACAGUACACACAGCUGCAUGUCCCCAAGUGUUAUCGAAUCUGGCAGUGAGAGUUCAGAAAUAUAUUGCCCUCGUCUACCAUCUCAAGAACCUGGUGUAGAAAGUGGUUAUAAAAUGCACCCAGGUACAGCUGGUGAUCAACCGCAAUACACAGCAGGAGACAUGAUACAUAGUUCUAAUGACACCAGCAGUGGACCAAGUACCAUGGCAUCCCUUAACUGUGAUAGUAUUACAAAUGAAUUGUGUCUAGAUUCUGACCAAACUAUUAUAAGUUUAUAUAAUAGUUGUGAUUCUGAUGCCACACACUGUGGACCCAUUACUGCCAAUAAGAAUAAGGUACAGAAUGGUUCACAGGAUGAUUCCACUUCAGAAGGAAUUAACUCUCUCAGUUCAGAUCUUUCAUGCAACACAGAAACGAUCUUGGCAAUAGAAGAGGAAUGUGAUAAAAUGGCAUCAACACUUGUCGCAGUUCUGGAAGAAGGUCCAAAAGCUAUAGGUGCAACAGCAAAAAACAUAAAAAGUAAAGAAACUGACAUGGUACUGAAAGAGAAUGUUGCCUCACAAGUGGAUGAUGGUAACGGUUCUAUGACCGACUGGUCCAUCCACAGUGCUUCCAUCGAAAUUGAUAUUGCACAGUCGGCCGAAAUGUCUGAAGUAUAUGUCAUGUCAAAUAACAACAAAACAGGUUUUUUUGAGGAUGAAAGAUCCAUGACUGAUAACCUCCCUGAGAAAGCACAGACAUGUGAGGAUGUUUUGAAGACACGUUCUGGUGGUAUUCCAGUGGUCCAAUAUGCUUCUGUAAUGGGGUCAAGUCAAACAGUUGCUCAUUCAUCAAGUACAGACAUUGGACAUGCUGAAAAUAUCCAUACUGGAGUAACGAUGACGAACAGUUUUUCUGAUGAUGCAAAGGGUGGAGUGAAUGCUGAUGUUGAUGGUUCUGGAAUUGCAUCUGCUCUCUCUGAAGGCAACAAUAUAGAAAAUGUAUUUCCAGCAGAUGAAUUGAUCAUGGACAGCCAUUCAACUGUUGAUGAUUCUCCUCACUUUGAAGACAGCACCACUGAAAAUACAUUUCCAGCAAAUGGGUUGAUUUUGGACAACCAUUCGACUGUUGAGGAAGUGGUAAUAGAUGUUGAGGAAAAUACACACCGUCAGCAGAAACUGGAACAAGAUGGGUUCUACUCAGUGAGCAACCAAAGCCCUGUAAGGAUAAAAUUGGAGGUUGUUGCCGAAGAUGUGUGUUCCCAUGGAAAUAAUGUUGCAGCUGCUGACGAAGUUAUCAUUAUAGAUUCAGACUCGGAACAAGAAUACAUUGGUAUGGAAUCGAGAACUGCAACACAAAAGUGUUUGGACACUAACAGACCACAAAACAUUUUGAAGUCUAAGAUUGAUAAAAGUCUUCCAUCAGCUCUUUCUCCAGAAUUAAAUAGAGAUAACAUUGUGAUGAGAGAUGGACAGAAGAAAAAAUCAACAUGUGAAAAAUCAUUUGAUAAGGAAAAGGUUUAUGCAGAGAAGAAGAAAAGUCCCCAAAAGUGUAGAAAAGAUGGACUAUCAGAUUCUGGUAUAAGAAUGGAUAGAAAGUCUGCCUCUAGAAAAUCAUCUAAGCAGUGUUCAGAUUCAGAGCUUGACAGCACUCUCUCACCAAGUCGGCAAAAGAGAAUUGAAUCAGUUGGCAAGAAGGAUUCACCUGGCUUACUGAACAAAAAAUUUGCAAGACACCGUCUCUCAGUUUCAAAGGUUGGACUGAAUAACAAACCAAAAUCACAAACAUCACCAGAAAUGACUUGUCCUAAUUCAAAUAGUGAGGGGACUUUGAAUCCUUUAGAAACAGCUAAUCCUAAAGCAGACAUUGAAGGAAAUUUGACUCCUUUGCCCUUGGGCACCAGUAUUGACAUGAGCAAGUCCACUUCACGUGACUCAAUUGAUGAUUCUUUGGACAGUUCUUCAGAGCUGCCAGAGCUAGCCUACUUCAUGGGCCUCAGCCAGACCUCACAAAAUAAGAAAGUGGCAGAUGAAGAAACACACUUGGCAAAUAAGAAUGUUUCAGUAGAUGAAUUAAUUGACCCUAGAUCGUCUCACAAUUCAACAGAUUCUUCAGGAAUGAUGGAUGCUGUCAAUAAAGACUUUGAUGCACCUUGCACAAGUUGGUCUAAAGCAGAUGCUGAUGAUGUCUUCAAGGUUCAGAGUGUGGAAGACAAAUCUACUAAUACAAGAGAUAAACCGAUUAAUACAAGAGCUUUACUUACUGAGAAAAUAACUUUACCAGGUUCACCAUCUGAAACACUGCCUACAAUCAUUUCUUCACUCGGACGAAGAACUGAGGCUUCAAGAUAUCGUCUUAGUUUGUCGUGUAAGAAAAAAAGUAUAAAAUUAGUAACCACUCCAUCUUGUAGUAACAUCCAAGGCAAAGAAGACUUGGAUGUUUCAUUAAGAAAGCAGCAAGACGUGCAAGAAGAUCCUGAAGACAGAAUAAGCAUUCAGGAUUGUUCUGGUAAAGUGGAGGAAGGUGGUUCAUCAGAUCUGUCUACCACCUCAUCCUCAGAGUGUCCAGAUGUUACAGAGAUACGCAAAGAUCAAUUGUUGCUUACAUUGAAUUCUUCAAAUGACUUGGCCCAAACUAAAGGUUCAAGUGGAAUUGUUGCUAAUGUUAGCCAUGGUGCUAGCUGGUCAGAAACCAGUGACAGCAGUGAAGUUAAUGUGUCUUCUUUAGGCAGUGACAUUAGUGUGCAUACACUAAGCAGUGGUUACGAUAGUGAUAGCUGGAUGAAAGAAGCCUCAGCAGUAGAAGAUCACUCCCAUACAAAACGUGGUAAAUGUGCUUUACCUUCCAAAAAAAAGUUGAAGAAAAGUUUUGACAUUUUGUGUUCAGGUGAAAAGUCUGCUGAGAGUAGAUUCACGAACAUGCAUCCAUCAGGCAAUGAUGAUGAUGAUGAUGAUGGUGGUUUACCUUGUCCAUCUGGAUUGCAUAGUCUUCAGUCUGACCGCAGAAGUUCUCUGGAUAGCAAUUCAUCUUCUGCAAGCACUUCCCUCUUACCCAAUGACAUGAUCACAUCAGCUAUUCAAUCAUUCUCGCCGGAUGUUGUGGUGAGGUCCACUUCAGCUACACAACCAUCCUCAUCUGAAGUCAUGGCGAGGUCCACUUCAGCUACACAACCAUCCUCAUCUGAAGUCAUGGCGAGGUCCACUUCAGCUACACAACCAUCCUCAUCUGAAGUCAUGGUGAGGUCCACUUCAGCUACACAACCAUCCUCAUCUGAAGUCAUGGCGAGGUCCACUUCAGCUACACAACCAUCCUCAUCUGAAGUCAUGGUGAGGUCCACUUCAGCUACACAACCAUCCUCAUCUGAAGUCAUGGUGAGGUCCACUUCAGCUACACAACCAUCCUCAUCUGAAGUCAUGGCGAUGUCCACUUCAGCUUUGUCUGUUGUUGUCAGUCCAGUGCUUGGUGAUCCUGGUGAAUCAGCUCAUGUUCGCCGUCCGUCUGUAGCAGAGUUCUCUGAUGACUCAUCUGAUGACAGCAGUCAUGUGGACGUCAGUAAAAUAAUCACAUCCUUGGAGAAAUCUGAAGAAGCUGUGAUUUCUAAACCAGUCACGGAUUCAGCCAGUGGCAUCAUCGAGCUUACAUCCAAGCCAAAGCCGCUGUCUUCUGGGGAUAGUGACUCAUGCAGUGACCUGCCAGCAUUAGAACCUGCUGAUGAUUACCCUCAGUCUCCAGUUUACCCUAUUGAUGGAGUUGAGGGGAACAUCCUUAGCUUAGAAGACGAUGUAAUGGAAAGUACGGAUGGAAUUAGUGUUCCAGAUAAAAAGGAGGAACUUAGAAAAAGAGCAGAUUAUAGUGAAAAUGAUGACAGUGAUAUCCAUAGUUUAGAAGACGAUGUCAUGGAAAGUACAGAUGUUGGAGGUGGUGCUGCAGGCAAAAAGGAGGGAUUUAUAGAAAGUGGUGAUUCUAGUGAAAGUGAUGAGGACAGUGAUGAGGAAGAUGAUAAUGAAGACAAUGUUAAUGAUGAUGCCGUUGAUGAUGAUGAUGAUGAUGAUAGGGACAGUGAUGCUGAUGGUGGUAUGAGGGAUAGUGGUAAGGAUGAUGGAAAUUCUGAUGAUUAUGAAUGUGAUGCAACAGAACGUGAUGCAGAUGAAAGUAAUGAUAAUGCAGACAAUGAUGGUAAUGGAAAUGAUAGUGAUAGGAAUCUUGAUGAUGCAGAUGAUAACAAUGUUGAUGGUACCACCGAUUCCUGGAAAUAUGUUGCUGACACAGACAAAAAUAGUGAUGCUGUUCCUUUAAAUGCUGAUUAUGAUUCUGAUGAUAAUAAAAGCAACCAUGAUGAUGACUGGAAGCAUGAUGAUGUAGACGAAGACAGCGAUGGUGACCAUGUUGUUUCUGGUGAAGGACACCAUGAUGAUACAGAUAAUAAACAAAUUGAUGGACACAAUGCUGCUUUGAAGUAUGCUCAUGAUGACGUUUUGGAGUGUGAUGAUGUAGAUGGUGCUAGCAAUGAUGAUUAUACAGAAAGCAGCAAUGAUGACAGGACCUGUGAUGAUGUCAACAAAAAUGAUGAUGAUGUAGAUAUAAGCAUUGACGAAAGGAACUAUGAUGACACCGAUAAUAAACAGAUUGAUGGACACAAUGAUAUUUUGGUGUCUGGUAAUGUUGAUGUGUAUACCAAUGAUGAUGGGCAAAAUGAUAAUUGGGUAUAUGAGAAUGAUGACUUAAAAUAUGGUUGUAUUAACAUUUAUGAUGGUCAGGACAGAAUUGGCUCUGACCAUGAGAAUGAUGAAGUCAACCGUCUUGAUGAUGAUAGUGCAGCUUUUACUACUCGACUUUCAGGAUCAGAUGACAAGAUUGCUAACAACAGAUUGUCUCGAACUUUUGAUGAUUAUGACUCUCUUGCUAUUUCCAUUGUAGGUGCAGGUACACAAUGUAAUGAUGAAAAUGCAUUUUGUGUGGGUGAUUUUUGCACAAACUGUGAGCAAGAUGAGAUGGAUGUGGUGCCUUGUACAGAGGAUGAAGAUUCGUCCAGUCUAGAUGACUUGCCUUUGCUUUCUGGAAAACGAAAACUUCAGGGUUUGUCCACUACUCCAUCAAAGAGAAGGUGUAGAAAUUCCUCAAAAGAAAACUUGGUGUAUCAGGAUCUUGUCUGCAACCAAUCAAGACAUGCAUUAGAAGAUGAGGUACCAAUUCCCAGCCAAUCGGGAUCAGAGUCUGAUGAACAGGGUCCUGUAUACAACCAGUCAAAACAUACAUUAGAAGAACAUGGUCUCAUCUUUAACAAAUCAAGAAAUGGACAGGAAUCUAUCUCUGCAAAGGAAACAGCCACAAAACCCAAACACUCGGUUGAUGAGGAUCAUUCAGCUGAUACAUCGGUGGACACCAUCUUUCCAGCCACACAAGCCCUGGAUGAUCUUUCUUCCAGCCAGUUGUCACAGAUGGACAGACGACUGGACAAGAUGGUCAAUUCUACAUCGGGAAGUUUGAAGGUGAAUCGGAUGCUGCAGAGGCUGAGAGCUAAGUCCAGACUGGCAGAUGACAAAACAAAGACUACAGCGGGGAAAGGGUAUACUGCAGGAUCGCACGCUCAUCCAUCUGGGCAGCCGACACCUUCACUUGAUGACUCUACUGCUGGAACAAGCUCAGAGGGAAAUGAGGAUGAUGUUAUGAAAAUUGAAACAUUCAUAACACGGUAA